AUGACUAGGCCAAUUCCACCUACGUUCUCUCGCCGAGAGAGCAUGUCCUUGAAAGAGUCCAAUAGUGUUCGACCGUCUCCUGCCGACCUCCCACAGCUUUCGAUUCCGUCUCCAAAGACAUUAACCUUAAGCGCCCGGCGGCUAGAGACACCCAAGACUCCAGAAACCCCACAUUCUCUCACCUCACCUGAGCUUCGCGUGGUUGACCUGACAAAGUGCGUCAAGACCGUUUCGAAGGAGGCUGAGGCACACGGGGGCUUUUCGGAUAUCUACAUCGGAGAGUGGGAGCGUGUACGUGACCCCGAGGAGGAUGAAUCUGGGGGCAGUACGGUGAUGACGGUUGCUGUUAAGCUACUUAGAGUUCUAAGUAAGCAAGACCAAGACGGCGUAAAGGCCCGAAAGCGGCUGAAUCGCGAGGUUUUCGUUUGGCAUCGUCUCGACCAUCCACAUAUUGCCAGAUUUUUCGGUACUUCAUACCAUAUGGCUGGACGACCCGCAAUGGUGAUGCAAUGGUACAAGAAUGGCAGUGCCAUUGAAUAUCUGAAAUUCAAAAACCCAGACGCCGAUCGCAUGAGCUUGAUACGGGACGUUGCCAGAGGUCUGACCUACCUCCACACUUUGGAAAAACCAAUCGUGCACGGUGAUCUCAAAGGCAAUAAUAUACUGAUCACGGACGACGGCCGUGCCGCCUUGAGCGAUUUCGGCCUCUCUCAGGUCAUUGACGACCUCAUGGGGCCAUCUGGGUUUACUCCUUCUUGCUCUGAAGCUGGACCAGUCAGAUGGCAAGCUCCUGAGUUCCUGGAGGACGAUAACUCUCGGCCAAAACUGUCUUCGGACGUCUGGUCCUUUGGUUGCACAGCCUACGAAUUAUUAACUGGCAAUGUACCGUACCGGCAUCGCUUACGUGACUUCUUGGUCAUGCAGGAUAUCAAAGCUGGGGUCAAACCCGCGCAGACUGAAGAUAUUCCUAAUUGCCAGAUGGCCAGCAUCCUAUACCGCUGCUGGUCAUAUUCCCCCCUCGAACGACUCACCAUGUCUGAGGUAGAGGUGGAACUAGAUGAUCUACUGGCGGCUUUAUCAUGA